AUGAAAACCUCAAUUUUUAAUUUAAUUGUGUACUUAUUUGUAUCUUUUGUAUUACCAUAUGUUACUUUCUGCACGAUUGAUGUUAAUUUGAAUCAAUUAGAAUAUAUUGCUGCACGUUUAGAUCCAUUCGAAUGUCGGCGUCUUAUUGCUGCUCUUCAUUAUACAUCUUAUGAAUUGCCAAUGAGUUUGGCGGCAGCAGAACGUACAAUAGAUGAGGAAAUUCCGUGUAUAAGACAUCUUAUUCAUUGGAAUAGUUCACCAGCCGAAGGUCUUGGUCAAAGUCACGAAGCUUUGGUUCAUCGACUCCGAGCAUUGGGUCGUGAUGAUUUAGCUGAUUGGCUAGGAAAAUCUACAUUUAAACAGCUCGGAAUGGAUAUGGCCAGAAUUAUGGAUCAGCCAUUUGAUAAAUUAGGCGAACAAGAAACUGAGGCGUCUUUUCCUUUAACAAUCAAUCCAAUUGAAAUGUUAGAAGACGAUGACUAUUGGUCUCAAUUAAAUAUUGUCUUAUUGGCAAUCAUGCUAGGUUUAAUGGGAACUCUAUUAAUAUUAAUAGGAUAUAUUAUUUUUUACAUAAUCAAAGUGCGUUCACGUAGAACAAAGUACAGAAAAAUGAAGCAAGAGGGAGACAGCGAAAAAUUAUUUAAACCAUUUGAAAAGGAAAAACAGAAAAACAACAAGGCAAAACAGAUGCCACAUAAUAUUGAUAAUUUAUCUGAUUAA